AUGUCUGACCAAGGAACGAUACAAGCGAUUAUUAUCACCGCUUUCGGGGGCCCGGAAGUCCUACAACUCCAGACGGCCCCGAAACCCACUCCGACGCCAGGCGAGGUCCUCGUUCACGUGAAAGCAUUUGGUCUAAACCACGCCGAAAUGCACAUGCGCAAGGGUGAAUGGGACGAAUGGAAUCCCAUCUCCGGUCUCGAAUGCGUGGGCACCGUUGAGGCCGACCCCUCGGGCAAGUUCCAGAAGGGUGAUAAAGUGGCUGGCGUGAUGGGCGGGAUGGGUCGAAAUCGACCAGGUGGAUACGGCGAAUUUGUCAACAUCCCCAUCGCGAACGUGGUGAGAAUCAAGACCAAUCUACCCUGGGAACAGCUCGCCGCAUUGCCUGAGGUAUAUUCCACGGCAUAUUCGUGCCUCUUCACCAUCCUCGACCUGCACAAGGGACAAAGAAUCCUGAUCCGCGGCGCGACAAGCACAAUUGGCCAAGCCGCCGUGCAUCUUGCCGUGAAUGCAGGGGCCAAAGUCACAGCGACCACGAGACGGCAGCAGCGAUUCGAGAUGCUAAAGAAGAUGGGCGUGGAAGAGGCGAUCCUUGAAGAACUUCCACUCAGCCAACGAUUUGUCCCCGACCACAAAUUCGACAAGACCCUCAAUCUGAUCGGCAACAUCGCUCUGCUCGACUCCAUCCGCCUCACCCGCCCCGGCGGACGGAUGCUCCAGGCUGGCUGGCUCGGCGGCCUCGCGCCGGUCAAGGACUUCAACCCAAUGAUCGAGAUGGACUCCGGUGUGCACUUCAGCCUGUUCCACAGCAAAGUGCUCGGCAGUGAGGAUUUCCCGCUGGAGAACAUCCCCUUGCAGGAGAUCGCGGACAAGAUUGAGAAGGGCGAGUGGAACGCGAAGCCAACGCACGUGUUCGAGUACAAGGAUAUCCAGAAGGCGCACGCGUUGUUGGACAGCCACGAUGCGGGCGGCAAGAUUGUGGUCAAGCAUUGA